UACCUCCCUGUGAAGGAGGCGAGAACAUGGCGGAAGCGGUGUGAAGGGUCUAUACGCCAAGCAGGCGCGUCUUCUCGCGGGCGGGCGGCGCUGUCCGCGGGGAAAGGAGAGGCCUGCUGAGGGGCUGCUGCUUCUGCUGCUGCGCGGCGACUGCGGACUCCAGGGCCCGCGGGUAGCGGCCCCACGGCCCCAGCCUCCCCUUGGGCUUUGUCAGGUGGAAGAAUAAUUUCACAGCUAUGGAGAGUGAACCGAGCACAACAACAUGUUCUACAUGUACAACUACUAUCACCACCACAUCCUCUCCUUCCCGUACUCAGCCACCUCAGAUAUCUGUCUAUAGUGGUGCAGAUCGACAUGCUGUGCAGGUUAUUCAGCAGGCCUUGCAUCGUCCGCCAAGUUCAGCAGCGCAGUAUCUUCAGCAGAUGUAUGCAGCUCAGCAGCAGCAUCUCAUGUUACAAACGGCUGCUUUGCAACAACAGCAUUUAAGUAGCACCCAGUUCCAGAGCCUGGCCAGCGUCCCACAGGCAAACCUGUCAGGUGGGAGGCAGUGCGCAUCCCCCAAUGGCAGUGUCACUCAGCAGUCAAGCAUGUCAGAGACAUCGAUUAAUCUUUCUCCUUCUCCUACACCCGCGCAGCUAAUAAGCCGUUCACAGACCUCCAACAGUAGUAGUAGCAGCAGUCUUACCCAACAGACCAUGCUUCUGGGGAGCACCUCUCCUACUUUAACUGCAAGCCAGGCUCAGAUGUACCUCCGAGCCCAAAUGCUGAUUUUUACACCUGCUACCACUGUGGCGGCUGUCCAGUCUGACAUUCCUGUUGUGUCGUCGUCCUCUUCGUUUCCCUGUCAGUCUGCAGCUACUCAGGUCCAGAAUUUGACAUUACGCAGCCAGAAGUUGGGAGUAUUAUCUAGUUCACAGAACGGCUCUCCAAAAAGCAGUAGUCAUGCCCAGACACUAGCUGUGUGCCCUAAUAAACCCAUAACAAGUACCAAAGCCAGCCAGUCAGAUCCUCCAGAAAGCAAAAGGAAAGGUGACAGCCCAACAGCAGAGCCUCGAAACCCAGCCGUAACACGCACAUCAAGUAUUCAUCAGCUCAUGGCACCAGCUUCAUAUUCUGCUAUUCAGCCUCAUUCUCUGUUAAAGCACCAGCAGUCCCCUCUUCACUCACCACCUUCAAAAAUUUCCCACCACCAGCUGAUUUUCCAGCAGCAACAAGUUCAACCAAUCACGCUCCAGCUUCCUCCCAAUCAGGAAGCAUCUGUGUCGCAACACUGUGCCCCUCUCCAAGGCCAUGCUCUUCCUCCAGCCCCCAGCAGCGCCUCAUCACAGCACUGCACACCUGUCCACAUCCAUCCCCCGCCACUUCCUCCUCCACUUUCUCCAACUCCAUCCCAGUCCUCCCAGCAGUCGGUAGUGGUAUCUCCUCCACCACCUCCUUCACCCAGCCAGUCGCCAACAAUAAUUAUACACCCCCAAGCUCUUAUUCAGUCGCAAACACAUCCUCUAGCAUCAUCAGCACUUCAGUCAGAGCAUCACCCAGCGCAGGCCGCUGACAGGCCAACAGAAGCAACCUCGCAGCCUUCUAAUCUUCCAGCCCAGCUUCCACCUUCCCCAAUAGUUCACAUUGGGUCACCGGAUCAGCCUGCCAUGGUGUCCACGGGCCAACAUAUAACAUCUCCAACGCCUCACCAGCAGUAUCCAGCUUUGCAGCCCACGCCAAUCCCAGUGGCAGCCUCUCCCCAGCUGCCAACAUCUCCAGCCCACAGCCAGCCACUUCCUCUCCCACCUGUUCAGUCUUUACAAGUGCAGCCUGACAUUUUGUCCCAGGGUCAGGUUUUGGUGCAGAACACAUUGGUUUCUGAGGAGGAGCUUCCUGCUGCCGAAGCGUUGGUCCAGCUGCCGUUUCAGACUCUUCCUCCUCCUCAGACGGUUGCAGUGAAUCUUCAAGUGCAACAAGCAGUACCUGUUGAGACCCCGGUGAUUUAUCAAGUGGAAGACAUGUGUGAGGAGGAGAUGCCAGAAGAAUCGGACUGUGUGCGUAUGGUUAGGACCCCCACUCCACCCACCUUGUCACCUCCAGCUAUAACUUUAAGAAAUAGAGACGAGCUUGGCUAUGAGGAACCUUUUUCAGAACAAGAGGGACAUCCUUCAAUGGCCUCUUCAGUCAGCGCUUCUGUAAUUAAAUCACCAUCCGACCCUUCACAUGCCUCUGUUCCACAACCACCUCUUUUGCUUCCAGCAAUCCCAACAAGGAGUAACAGCGCAUCAGUGUCUCAUAAGAACCCUAGCAUGGAAAACAAACCUCCACAGGCUAUCGUUAAGCCACAAAUCCUGACCCAUGUUAUUGAGGGCUUUGUGAUCCAAGAGGGGUUAGAACCAUUUCCUGUAAGUUGUUCAUCUCUUCUAAUUGAGCAGCCUGCAAAAAAGAGGCUGCUGGUGGAGGGCCAGGCGAUGAACGUUAUGUGUGUGGAGCCAGAGCUGCAGAACAAUGCAAAGCAUGUAGACAACUCCUCAGACACAGAGUUGGAGGAUAUAAUUACGGAAGAGGGGCUGGAUGAGAUGGAAACAGAUCUCCUCAAGUGCGAGUUUUGUGGUAAAAUGGGAUAUGCAAAUAAGUUUCUGCGGUCAAAGCGAUUCUGCACCAUGUCCUGUGCCAAGAGGUACAACGUCAGCUGCAGUAAGAAAUUUGGGUUAUAUGGCUCAGACAAAAGCAGUCGUUGGAGCCGGAGCCUUGGGCGACGCGGGCGACGGCCAAGCAGCUCUGAUGGAGCUCCCAGGGAACACUUCCUUAGACAGCUUCCAAUUACUUAUCCAUCUGCAGAAGAAGACUUGGCUUCUCAGGAAGACAAUGUACCGGUUGCCAUGACCACUCGCUUGCGAAGGCAAAGUGAAAGGGAAAGAGAGCGUGAACUUAGGGAACUGAGAAUUAGGAAAACAACAGACAACAUGGAUUUGUUACCCACGAUACAAUCUGAUCCAUCCGGAUGGACCGUGGAAGAUGUUUGGGCCUUCAUACAUUCUUUACCUGGUUGCCAAGAUAUUGCCGAUGAAUUUCGAGCCCAGGAGAUUGAUGGGCAGGCUCUCCUCUUAUUAAAAGAGGAUCAUCUCAUGAGUGCAAUGAAUAUUAAGCUAGGACCUGCACUGAAAAUUUGUGCACGAAUCAACUCCUUGAAGGAAUCCUAGUGGGAAAUAAGGCUUUAAAUCACAGCUUCCACCAUAUGACAGACUUGUAAUAAAACAGCAUCUUAACGUUUGAUGUGAUUAUUACUGCUGUGUUUUGCUAAGCAUCCUUUUCCACAUCAAGACUGUUGGAGGAGCAUAUCUAAUGUAAUCUUCCAAACCUUCCAAUAGUUAUCCAGCUUAUCAGGAAGCAUAAGCUGUGUUGGCAAGUUGUUGUAGUCAAAUGCAGGGCAAGGAGAGUCAGUGGAAAGCUCUAUGAGGCUUCUGUAAUAUGUUGCGAGUGAUGCUUAUUCCAAAAAGGUGAUUAUUUAACAUUCAAGAUUUAAGCUUUUUUUAGAAAAUGUAACCUUGAUAUAACCUCGAUUACAGUUUCAAAUUGUGUUUCUAUACACUUUUUCCUUUGUAGAAAGCUUUUUAAGAAUAUGGAUUAACAGAAGAGUCCGCAGAGUCUGUGGAAGCACUGAUUAUGGUAAAAUGCUAUGCAUUUAAUUGUGCUCUUUUGAGUUUCAAUUAAUCCUGAGCGUAUAGUUUGAAGGGAACUUGCAACUGACUUCCUCUUCUCUCAUAACCCUACAGCUGCCCCACCACUGUAGUAUUCUCUUUUAAGUGCUGAAGCUUUUCUGUGAACAUGCAAGAUAUUUUGUAAAUGCAGUAUACCUUCCACUGUCAGAACCUUGGUCACUUGAAUUCCAUGUCAGCAUAAGCAUCCCUCUCCUGUGUACAAACCUAUGAAUGUUUUUUUUGGGGGGGGGGGAGGGGGUAUUCCUGCUAAAUGAAGUUGUACAGUUAGUUGUGAUGCACAUAAUGGCAAAACUGCUGAGAGCUGGAAUGGCGGUGUGGCACCCUUCCUAAACGAUAGUAAAAAGCACAUACAUGAUGACGAUCAUUCUUUGUAUGCUGCUAUGCACUGAAGAGGGCAUUAUGUUGUUGUUGUUCUGUUGUUGUUUUCUUCUUCCUGCUGGUUUAGACCAAAGGAGAUAAUGUACACCUGUUCAAUUGAAAUGUGUCACCCAUAUGCUGGUGUACAACUCCAAAUUCUUGAAUAAUUCUCAAUGGCAAAUUGAAUCAGCAGACAUUUCUAGACUUCGCUUUCUUUCUAUAGUUCUCUUGCCUCUCCAUUGUUUGUUCCCCUAGCAGGUGUUUUGGUGGACACUGCUGGGGAUGUUGUUCUUCCCUCUCCAUAGGGAAUAAGCACUUUUUGAAAUCACGAUGGUUUUUCUUUGUAAUAUUUCCUCGCAGCCCAGUAUUCUCUGCAGCAGUUAUUCAUGUUACAGCAAGGACCCUUAACCAAUGGCACCAAAGUAUUAAGAGUAAGUGUUCAGAAGUUUGUUCUCUAUAUCUGAGUAGGAGUUUGAAUCAUUCUUUGUAAGAUCUUCUACCCCACCGUUCAGUUAGCAUGCUUCAAUGAAAUGGGGCCCAGUUCACUGAAUACUGCUCCUAAGCCAGACCCACUAACAUGAAUGAGUGUGUCAUAAGACUAAGGGAUCUCUGUUCAUUUUAAUAGAGCUUGUUCAAAAGAAAUGUCUUAUAGAUCGUGAUCAUCAUUUAACUCAGGGGUAGGCAACCUAAGGCCCGUGGGCCAGAUGUGGCCCAAUCGCCUUCUAAAUCCGGCCCACGGACAGUCCGGGAAUCAGCAUGUUUUUACAUAAGUAGAAUGUGUCCUUUUAUUUAAAAUGUAUCUCUGGGUUAUUUGUGGGGCCUGCCUGGUGUUUUUACAUCAGUAGAAUGCGUGCUUUUAUUUAAAAUGCAUCUCUGGGUUAUUUGUGGAGUAUAGGAAUUCAUUCAUUCCCCCCUCCCCCAAAUAUAUAGUCUGGCCCGCCACAUGGUCUGAGGGACGGUGGACCAGCCCACAGCUGAAAAAGGUUGCUGACCCCUGAUUUAACUGAAUGUGAAUCUUCCACAAGGGCUUGUGGCCCGGUAAAAUGUUGUUUGUUUUAUUGGGCAUUAACACUGUAUCUGUUAAUUUAAGGGUGGUUUAAUUAGCAAAAAUACUUAAGACUACUGGUUUUAGCCCUACUGGUUUUUUUAAUCUCAAAGUUAGGAAUGCGUUCAGAAAGGUAUUAUAGUUAACCUUCAACAAUUAAUCCGUUAAUUAUUAUCAGAAGCUCAAAGUAAGUAAAUUCUUUAUAGUGUUAAAGGAGAGCUACCAAACAUUUGCAGGUGUGUAUGGUAAAGGUUUGAGAAUUACAAAGUAUUAAGCAUUCUCCAGCUCCUCAUAUUUACUGCGCAUAGAUUCUGUUGCAUAUGAAACAUGCAAACAUUUUAUAGGAUGCAAAGUAGUUAAAGCUGCCUCCAAAUCAUAUGGUCUGGUUCUUUACGGAAAUAGUAAAUAGUGAACAGCUAACUGAACUGGUUUGUUGCCUAAAUAGAAUUGGCAACUGUAAGUUCAGAAAACUGGUAAAGGUGGUUUUUUUUGAGAAAGCACAACAGGAGGAUUUCAGAAUUAAGAGCUUUCUUCCACAUUUUGGAGGAUGGACAGAAAUUAGUUGUUCAGUCUUACUCAUAUGGAAUUUAAGUGGGGAACAUUUGAGCCAUUUUAGUCUCAUUUACUUCACAGAGAUUAAGGCUGAAGUAUGAAGCAUAUUUAUGUGGGAGUAAGUCCCAUUUUAAUUCUGUGUUACAGUUCUCAGUAAAUGUGUUGUUGUUGUUUAGUCGUUUAGUCGUGUCCGACUCUUCGUGACCCCAUGGACCAGAGCACGCCAGGCACUCCUGUCUUGCACUGCCUCCUGCAGUUUGGUCAAACUCAUGUUCGUAGCUUCAAGAACACUGGGCUGUAAAUCAUAUGAAUCAAAAUAUUUCAAUUUAACUGAGUGCUACACAAAGCUUAUUUUGUUUUGUAAAUUGCUAUUGUUAUUAUCAUUAUUUUUAAAAAGUCUCUUAUUUUAAGCAUCUGGGAACUGGAACAAUGUUACAUAAUUAUAAAUAGAGCACAAAUUCAUAUCCAUGGCUGAGUGAUUAUUACAUAAACAUUAUAUAAAUUAUACCAAAUGCUCAGUUACUUUCAAUAGCUGCACUAUGUAUAGGUUCACAGAGAAUCCUGACAAUAAUUAUAGAAUAAUAUAGUAUAUUAAAGUAUUGUGGGCCUGAGGAUAAAAAGUAAGAACAGAAGCACAGAUAAUUCUGCCCUGAAUAGAAACAUUUGUUCGAGUUGUCUCCAACAAACCAGUUUGUCCUGCAAGAUGUGUUGCUCAAAGAACCAAGCGCUUACCUUAUCCUAAUAUAUCAGCCUAUCAGUUUGAUGGGUUCCUUUCUCUCCCCUCCCAUUCAGGCUGCGGCAAUGGUGGCAGACCAAACACAGGGGCAAAGAAGACUGAUGCUGUGGCAAGCUGCUGUCAUAGCACCACCACCCCUGGCAGAAGCAGCCUAAUACAAUUGACAAGCCACUGCCACACUGAACUAUUUGAAAAAGCUAUACAGAGAAGUUUCUGUAUUAUGCAAAAGCCGACUGGUUAUUGCCAAAAGGCCUUUUGCUCUCAGCAUUGACCUCAGGACAGUAAAGUUAGACUUUGGGACAGAUAAAGAAAGCACAUCAUCUCCUCCUUGUUCAUCCCCUACAACUCAGCUUGUCAUUUUAUGGCAAUAGCCUUCCUGCCCCUGCCCGCCCCCGCCCCCCCCCACUAUAGAAGGCAAUGUUUCACAAGCCAUUCCAGUGUAUGCACUGGACUUUCCCCUUUAAUUUAACCAGGUUUGUAUGCCACUUAAUUAUAAAUGAAGCCCCUAAGCAGGUUACAAAAAUAUACACUAAUUAGUUAAUAAAGGUAAGGCUUAAAAUAAUUCUUUUUUUAAAAAAAUAUCAAAUUAUAAUUAAGGAGUUAUAAAUAUACAUUACGAGCUAGAAUUACUGAUUAAAAUGCACAUCAACUUUGCAUGUCUAGGUAGGCUUGCUUAAAUAGAAAAGUUUUUAGGCUCCCAAAAUAGUGCAGUGCCUAACAGCAAUGGGCAAGAAGUUCCAGGGUGUAGCAAUUGCCACUCUAAAACACUGAUUCCUGACAGCAUGAAAAGGAGCACGAUCAAGUGAGAAACUAAAGUGGUUUUCAUAGCUUGAUAUAAUAGACAGGCUAGUCUGGGCCCUGAGUGAAUGAAUUCGUUUCAGUUUGCCUUUAAGUUUUACUUAGCAUGAUGUGGAUAUAGUUAGUGUUUAUUCUUUAAUAUGGUUAAUUGUAAGGGGCAGAUGUGUGAUCUUGAAGACAUUUUAACACUGUAUGGAGCAA